AAAUAAUGAUGUUGAUGAAACGUAUAUUGUUGGACGUUGUUGUCUAAAUGAGAUAGAAAGCAGAAAGGAUAAAUAUGAAGCGUUAAUUUAUCAUCAAAACUCUGCUGACACGAGUCAUUCUAAUGAAGGAUAUAAGGUUGGAUCUAAUCAUGAAAGUGGAAUUGAUCCUAGAAAUGAGAAAAAGAAAAAUGAGGAAACUGUUGAGGUUUAUGAUGAUAAUGUUGUAUAUAAUGAGUUCAAG